AUGGCGGUGGACCCACUGGGAAAAAUCUAUGUGAGCUAUCUUUUGGAUAAGGAGACCAAUAUGUACCCCAAUCCUGUAAGGCACCCUGGACUGAACCUCAACCACCAAAACUAUGUCCCAGGUCCUCCUCAGUAUUCAGAUUUUCCCGGCUAUCCUCAUGUUCCUGGAAUUAACAGCGACCCGCAUCAUGGUCAGCCUGGGGGGACCUGGGGUUCCCCCUAUGCACCAAGCAGAGAAGACUGGCACCCCUAUCCACCAGGACCUGCUCCAUCUUCAGCUAACCCAGGCCAGAUUGGUUUCAGCCCUACAGACUUUAACCCUGUUCAGCCACCGGGCUCUGGACUUUUGCCACCUGCCAUGAACAGCUCAAUGCCCCCCUUGUCUCCUAAUGCACAAAGGCGCAAUCCUUAUGACUGGAUGAGGCGCAGUGGAGUACAAACCAGCAACACUGCUAAUGGAAAGACUAGAACAAAAGACAAAUACCGCGUUGUAUACACAGAUCAUCAGCGCCUUGAACUGGAGAAGGAAUUUCAUUACAGUCGCUACAUCACAAUACGCAGGAAGGCAGAACUUGCAGCAUCAUUGUCACUAACAGAACGACAGGUGAAAAUCUGGUUCCAAAAUCGAAGGGCAAAAGAAAGGAAAGUGAACAAGAAGAAAAUGCAGCAGCAGAGCCAACAGGCCAGCACCACAACACCAACACCCCCUUCUGUAGGCUCCACUGUUGGCAUGGGCCCCCAUUGUACCAGCAGCAAUAGUAACAUGGUAUCACCAAGCACACUGACUAUCAAAGAAGAAUAUCUUCCAUAA